AUGGGCUUCUUACGCUGCCUUUUCGUAUAUUGUUUGGUCUUCACCGCAGCCCUUGUUGACGGUCAUAGGGGCGAUGCGAUACAACAACCACUGCUCCGCGGAGCCAACAAGGCCAAUGACACGCUAAUCACCCAGAAGCUCUUCUGGGAACUCGAGGAACUCGCGCGCAUAGUCGACAUUGCGUAUUGUGUAGGCGCCGCUGGUCUGGGAAUUCAGAAACCCUUCAAGUGCGCCAGCCGGUGUAGCGAUCGCGACUUUGAAACGUUUGAGUUGGUGACGGCAUGGAACACCGGUCCUUUCCUGUCCGACUCCUGCGGCUACAUUGCCCUCUCACACUCUCGUACCAAUCCGCGCCUCAUCCUCGCUUUCCGCGGCACCUACUCGGUCGCGAAUACCAUCGCCGACCUCUCCACGAUACCGCAGCAAUACGUACCCUAUCCCGGCGACGAUGACGAUGAAACUUCCGAUUUUAUAGCACCAAGAGUCGACCCUUCCGACCGGGACCCGCCGUCCGCUGAGCCGCCCAAGUGCGAGAACUGCACUGUACACACCGGCUUCUACUCGUCGUGGCUCAACACACGAAAGGUCGUCCUUCCGCAUGUGUCCAAGGCGUUGCAGAGAUACCCCAACUACAAGCUGGUCUUGGUGGGACACUCGCUGGGCGGAGCUGUUGCGACCCUGGCUGGGCUAGACUUCAAGGCACGCGGAUGGGACCCGCAUGUCACCACCUUUGGGGAACCAAGGCUUGGAAAUAAAGAAUUCAACACCUACGUGGAUGACCGUUUCGAGCUAACGUCGAACCACGAGAACAACAAGAUGCACCGCGUUACCCACGUGGGUGACCCUGUGCCUUUGUUGCCCUUGUCUGAAUGGGGCUUCAGCAUGCACAGUGAGGAAAUCUUCAUAUCCGAGUCCAGUCUGCCCUUCUCUAUUGCCGAUGUACACUACUGUAAUGGUGAUGAAGAUCCGCACUGUAUUGCUGGCAGCGACCAUGACAAACCUGCUUGGGGUCUGCCCACUCGCUUCAAGUUCUGGCAGCUCUUUUUCGCCCAUCGCGACUAUUUCUGGCGACUGGGCCUAUGCAUGCCUGGUGGCGAUCCUGGCGACUGGUACGGUAAGUAUCCCGGACACAGAACAAGCGAUGAUGAUGAUUCUUCAGAAAUAGUUGAGUUGUAAUGAUGAAUGUAACCU